AUGACUAAUGACAUAAUAGUUGGUGAAUAUUGGCUGGUUGAAGACAAAAUUGGUGAGGGUGCCUUUGGCCAGAUCUUUCGAACUAAACACAUUAUAACGAAAAAUUCGUAUGCUCUCAAGAGAGAAGAAUCAACUGUUUACAGUCCUCAACUACCAGAUGAGUACAAAUUCUUAAAAUUAUUAGAAGGACAUGAUCAUAUCCCUAAAGUUUAUUGGUAUGGUGAGAAAUCAGGCUGGAAUUGCAUUGUUAUCGACAUGUUAGGGCCAAGCUUACACAUGUUGUCAAAGCCAGACAACUUCCUACUUGAAAGCAAUUUUCCAAUAUCUUUAGACCAGCUACUAGAACUUGAUGAGUUCGAAUCGAUUGAUGAUUCCAAAAGGUUUCAAAUGUUGGUUGCAAGAAAGUAUAAAACUUUUCUGGUCGAUUUUGGACUGGCGGCAUAUUAUAUUGAUCAAAAUACGGGCAAGCAUAUACAAAUAAACAAAAAAAUGAUAAAAAACAAGACUGGUACCGCCCGUUACACCAGUAUUAAUGUCCACAAGGGAUAUCAACAUACUAGGCGUGACGACAUGGAAUCAUUGGGAUACAUUUUUUUAGAGAUGUUAAGUGGAUCUCUUCCCUGGUCAGGGACUAGGGUCCUUCGUUCUCAAGAUAGGUGGGCAAGAAUGAAAACAAUCAAGAGUGACACUUCUCUUGUUGAAUUGUGCAAGGGAUGCCCAAUGGGAUUUUUGAAGUAUCUUGAAUAUUGUAGAAGAUUAAGAUACAAUGAAAAGCCGGAUUAUGAUUAUUUAAGGAAAUUGUUGAUUGAAUCUACAGGAUCUGGUUGUGAAGCUGAAUUAGUUGCACAACAUUCAAAUUCGUUUAAUACUCCAUUCAGGAAUGACGUGUCAUCAUCUUCACGUUCAAGAACAUAUUCUUUGCCAUUCAAAGAUCUAGAACAAGUUGAUCAUAAUGUUCAGCGUAGCAACAUUUACAAUAACACCAAUUGUAAAGAUUAUUAUCUUGAUAAAAGUCAUAAUGAUAAUCGAAACAAAAAAAUUACAAAUAUUAAAAAACCAGUUAUAAAUAGUUGGUUUGCUCCAAGAAAUCCUGUUACUCUAUGGGAUCAACAAGCUGCUGAGCUUGAAAAAGCUUGGAACAAAGGCCAAUCGUGGAAUGGUAGUAAAGAUGAUGAUAAUAAUAAUAGCAAAUCAAAUUAUAUAUCUCCACUUGUUGAUGAAAAAAUAACAUAUUCUUCACCUUGCAAAAAACCAAUAUAUGUAAAUAAUAUUGUAAUGCCCGGAAACAGUUAUGGUUAUAAUCAUUCUAGAAAGAUACAUGAUAAUCAACAAAUAAAAACCGCAAAUUCUGAUAUGAAAGUUCACCGUAAACAAAAGUGGGAGCAGGACAUGGCAAACCUUCUAGAUUCAUGGAGGCAAAGUGACCAAGAUAUUACUACGGAUAGUCAAAAGUCAAAUUAUAUGCCAAAAAAUAAAGUAAAGGAAAAAAGUCGUAUGAGCCAUUACCCAAAGAAUGAGUUUCAAGUAUUCGAUGAUGAACCACAAAGUUCUGAUGGCUGGACGAAUCAUUCAAUAGAUUUCAAACAUUCUAAUGCUCUAGAAUUCGGAAAAGGUCAUGAUUCAUGCAAUUCACAAUCCAGACAACCAUCUGCGUUAUCUAAGUCAAGUAAAAUCCGUAAUUCAUCAUAUUCUGCAAUAGUAUCACAUAAUUAUGACUCUGAAAGUCGUCGUAAAAAAAACUAA